AUGAAACAGGAUGAUUCUCUGCCACAGAGGAUAAUUCAGUCGAUUAUAUAUUAUAUAAGAGAUAUAAGUAAGUUUAAAGAGAUAUUUUCAUCAUCAGAUCUUGAGAAAUUAAUAGACACCGUAAUUCCUAUCUUCAACAGCGAGUCAAUAGUUCUUACUUUACCAUCUGAUAUUAAUGUAGUUGGUGAUAUACAUGGAAACAUCGUUGAUCUAUUAAGAAUUUUUGAGAUAUCUGGCUAUCCUCCAGAUUCUAAAUACCUUUUCCUUGGUGACUAUGUAGACCGAGGCAAUAACGGAGUUGAAGUACUUGCAUAUUUAAUAUCUUUGAAGAUUCUUUACCCUAAUCAUAUCUACUUGCUCAGAGGCAAUCAUGAAACAAGGAAAGUAUCAAUGAACUACGGAUUUUUCUAUGAGAUUCAAAGCUCAUAUAGCUUAACAUUGUUCGGAAACUUCGUUCGCUUAUUCUACAAACUACCUUUAGCUGCAAUUAUUGCAGAUUCCAUAUUUUGUGUUCAUGGUGGCAUAUCAAAAGAGAUGAAUUAUAUAAGUGACUUAGCACUUCUACAAAAACCAACAGAGAUUUCUUCUCAAACCAUACCUUGUGAUAUCCUUUGGAGUGAUCCAUUGGAUAACUGUCCAAAUUUUGUGGCAAAUAAUAGAGGAUUGGAAUGUUUCUUUAAUGAAAGUGCAUUGAAGGCCUUUCUUCAUAGAAAUAACCUGAGUAGACUAAUUAGAUCUCAUGAGUUUUGUAAUUCUGGAUACAAUUAUCCAUUUCAAGGUUACAAUAUCUGUACUGCAAUAUUUAGUAAUACAGACUACUGUGGAAAAGGAAAUAACGCAGCGAUAAUGUAUAUUAGUGAUAUUGAAGAGAUUCAAUUUCAUAUAUUUAAGCCUCUCGAUGCGGAAAAGAAGAAUAACCUUGUUUUUGCACAACCAAAGUGGUUGAUUGAUCAUUCAAUCAAAUUUGACUUGAACAGCAGUUACCUUGACGAUCUUGAAGAAUAUAGCAGUCCUGGUUCAUCACCUAUUGCCCUCAAGCUCCUUUAG